GUGUGACGUAAAACGUCCUUUACCACAAGUUUCGUAAAUUGCUAGGGAAGGGGUGAAAGUCACCACCAAAAUGAUAUCUAUCCCUAAAUCUGCGGUUCUCUCUGCAGUUUCGCAGGUAGUUCCUAACGCGAUACGAGCAUCUGUUCCAGGCGUUGUCCAAAAAGGCGAAAAAUAUGUUGUCCAGCAACCUAAAACAGUGCUCACACAUUUCUCAAUGUCAGACUUGCUCCCGAAAAAUGCUUUACGGGCCACAUCAGGACUUGCAUCUUCAAAUCAGGUGAGAUUUGCUCACACAGACAUCCCUGUCCCAGACUUCUCUUUCUAUCGUCGUGAUGGAGUUAAGGAUAGUCAACAAUCCUCACAGAACUCAGCUGUUGCUCGACGAUCAUUUACUUACAUGAUGGUUGGAGGUGGCAGUGUGUCUGCUGCAUAUGCUGCUAAGAACUUAGUAACAGAGUUCGUCAGCACUCUCAGCGCAUCAGCUGAUGUAUUGGCUUUGGCCCAGAUCGAGAUCAAGCUGGCUGAAAUUCCAGAGGGAAAGAAUGUCACCUUCAAGUGGAGAGGCAAGCCCCUGUUUGUUAGACACCGUACCGCUGAGGAGAUAGAAGCUGAACAAGGCGUUGAUCUCAGCACUUUGCGACACGCAGAACAUGACAAUGAAAGAGCAACCAAUCCUGAGUGGCUUGUUUUACUUGGUGUUUGUACACAUUUAGGUUGCGUUCCAAUAGCCAAUGCUGGUGACUUUGGUGGCUACUACUGUCCUUGCCAUGGCUCCCACUAUGACGCCUCUGGUAGAAUCAGAAAAGGACCAGCUCCAUUGAACCUGGAGGUCCCAAUUUAUUCCUUCCCUGAUGAGGGAACUCUAGUUGUUGGUUGAUGUUAGUACCGCUUAGUGUGGACAAACCAUGUAAACUGGCAGUGUGAUCGUCUGGACAUUCAGCAGUUGUACAGUUAUUUCAAUGGAUGAAAGGAAUACAGUUUUCAAUCUGUUUCAAACUUCAGAAAAACAAUCUUUCAUCUAGGUCUGUGUUGCAGACAAUUGCUCUGUGUAAUAGUCUGUUUUAUUAAAAAUAAUAUUCCA